GAAAAACUUUUAAGAAGUGUGCCAACAUUACUAACAAAUGAAGGGAAUGUGGGCUAUGUUUUGGCAGGUGCACAUUUGAGAUAUUAUAGGUUGCCUUAAUAAUACUAUUGUACUGCCAAUUUAAACUUGUUAUGACUAUGAGAGUCAUUAAUUUGCUUUGGUUAGUCCGAAAAUGUUUUUUUUUAGCCCAGGUUAGCACUGCAUGAACAUCCUAUUAUACUUUACAUUAGUUAAAGCAUGAGGACUUUGGUAUGGCAUGGUAGAUCUAGAUGUCAUUUGUUUUACAGCAUCACAGACACAGUAAUGGCCGUCAAGGCUAAGGCGACAGCGAGAACCUUUUAUAUCAUAAAAUACUGGCGCAUCAAUGCUGGCUUUUUUUUUUUCCCUUUCUGGGUACUUUACAGAAUAGAACAUUAAAGAAAGUUAAGCACUCUAGUCUGUUGUCUAUGCGCUUUCUUGCAAACAGGAAGUAUGUCAGAAUAUAGAUCUAGGUAGGCUAUACUUUGACCCACAAACGUCAACCUUUGACCCUGCAUUGAGCAAUGAGCAUCAAAUCUGGGGUCAGGGAAAGUCCGGAAGUACAUCAGAACAGAAAAUAGUUGCCUGUUGCCUGCUGCAAUACCCCACCCAAAGUGUCUAUAAAAGUCCACCUGAUCAUGACUGUCGAUUCAGAUUGUUUAUUUUAUUCAGGGUUGACACAUUAAUGAAUUUACUGUGAUACAACGUUGUAGUUUCAAGCAGGAUUCCAAAAUUUGUGCAAAAACCUUUCCUAGAGAGUAGAGAUGGCUGACCCGUCGAGCCAAGCGCCACCACCCUCCUACGAUGAGCUGUUCAACAAGCCUGGGGAUGGCAGCGCCCCGUCCGCGCCCCCACCCCCGCCCGGCCAGUACCCCGGCCAGUACCCCGCCCCCGCCGUGAGCCAGACACCCUACCCAGGGUACCCGGCGGCCCAGACCCAGCCUUACGGCCAGCCCGCGUCUCAGAGCUACGGCACGGCCCCGCUUCAGCCCCCCUACCCCCAGGGUACAACGGCCGGGGCCACCUACCUUCCCGCGCAGCCCCACCCGGCUUAUGGGCCCACGGGACCCGUGGCUGUACCCACUCAGCCGUACCGGGACCUGUAUGCCCCCAGCGGUCAGCCUGGACAGUACACGUAUAACACGGUAACGGCAACGACUACGAACAACGCCGGCUACAACACCACUCCUCUCGCCUAUGGGACGACGUCCAACAUCGGGAAUCAGAACUCGAGAAAGAUGUGCCUGUUCAUUCUCUGCUUCAUCGUCUUCUUCAUCAUUUUCUUCGUCGUUGUCAUCACAAUUGUCACCUAGGUGAACUUUGAACCCAGACCAGGGGGCUCCCCCCGUAGCUCAAUCGCUGUCAUGCUGGACCACGGAGUGGAUAGCCCUGGUUUGAAUCCUAUACAGGGUGGUGUUUUUGAAGUGAGUGCAGAGUUUUCAAGGUUCUUAACCUAUUUGACUUGGUGUUAUAUCACAGAUGGACGGUAAACUCUGAGGUCCCCAUCUCUUGAAUAUGAAAAUAUUGUUGAAAAGGACGUUAAACUGGGGGGUCCCACUUCUUAAAUGAUAAAAUAUUGUCGAAAAGGACGUUAAACUGAGAGUUCCCCGCCUCUUUAAUAAUAAAAUAUUGUCUAUAAGGACGUUAAGAGCGUGCACUUACACUUCCCCUGACUUGAUUGCUUUGCAUGGAAAAAAA